AUGGGCGAUCAUCCUCCGUUCCGGUCCACUUACCCUCGGUCCGAACUCGGACCACCAUCUUCGGCAUCAACAUCCCCACCACCAGCUCGAGCGUCGACCUUGACAUCGAGCCUGGCUUCGUAUUCGUUUCCCGGGAGGUUGGUCUUACCCGAACCACCCAGUUCUCAUCAGGGGAGACGUUCAGAGUUCCCGGCUCCGAUAGGGGAGAGUGAGAGGAGUUUGCACUUGGAAUUACCAGUACCUGCAUCGGGGUCGGGGGGACGUUCUGUUACCCCCACGCAAGCGUCUGCUUCGACAUCCAUGCAACCUAUGUCGUCGCCUAGGGUCGUAUCAGGCAGUCAGAGCUUGAGCUCGUUGUUGAACCACAAUCACAAUUGCGAUCAUGAUGAUCGAGUUCCUUCACCAAGGCCCCGGGCACAUGCACCGGUACAUGCGAUGGAGAGGUACCAAACGACCGUCAAUCAGAUGACGGGUCUGCCUUCGCCGGAGAAUUCUCCGCCUUUACAUCCUCAUCAUCCUCGCCAUCCGCAUCAUCCUUCUCCUCCCCCUCGUCAUCAUAUACAUCAGCAGCAGCAACAUCCGUCGACACACCGAACGGAGAGGAUGGACUUCAAGCCGUUCUCGAAUUCAGAUUGGGCGGCAGAAGAACGCCCGGUCGACUCUACCAGACGGAGGGGAAAGAUGAGCCCGGGCAAAGACUACCACUCGGCUUCAAUGUCGACGUCGAUGCCGAUGUCAAGGUCGGCGUCGAACUCGAGGCCUCAAUCAAGUACGGGCACGGCAACGGGCGAGGUGUUGGUCAGCGUCAAAGAGGAGCAACACGAGCGCGACCAAGAGCAGGUACAGGGACAAGAACAGGACGAGUUGCAGGAAGAGUCGCCCAAGAAGCAGAAGAAGAGGACGAGGUUGAAUCCGGAACAGGGGGCCUUGUUGAAAAAGGUCUGGAGGGAGACUUGUUUCCCGAGUACGGAGCGGCGGUCUUGGUUGGCCGAGCAGACUGGGUUGUCUGUGCGCCAAGUUCAGGUCUGGUUUCAGAACCAACGCCAGAAGCAACGAAACGAAGAGUACGAAGCGAGCAAAUCGUUCUCGGCCGACGUGCCCCAUCCGCUGUCCGGUCCUCGAGUGGCCUUCGACGCCCCUAUCGCCCCGAGAGACUUGCCGGAAAAGGUCUACCAUGCUCAAGGGUGGAGCAGUAUUGGGCCUGAUCCGGGACCCAAGAGGGGCAGUGGGGAUCGACCGGGGACGGGUUCUUCCAGCAGACCGAUGACGGGGGAAGAUAGGGGUCAUACUUCCGAAGGUCGGACGGGUUCGAGGUCGGGAUCCGGGUCACGACCCGCCUCAGGGGAAGGAGAGGAGAAAGAGUCAUCGAAGAGUCGCAAACAAAGAGGAACAGAGGAGAUGGCCUCUGGAGCGACAUUGCCUCUCCCAGCGGGUGCUCCACCGCCCAUGCGACGGACGAUUUGGGACCAGCCUCCGCCAUACUCGGCUGCCCACCCGAUCGAACAUCAACAACACCAUCGGGCGCUCAAGCGAUCACGAGAGCCAGAUCACGUCGAUCCCCUCGAUCGAGAUCGACCAGUCAAGGUGUACCGUCCGACGGGUCACUCGUCGGAAUCGUCCCCUUCGAGAGAAGGACAGACGCCGCUCGUCGACCGGUUCCCGAGGUUGCCCUCCAUCAGGGAGCUCGGGCUGAGUGCGGAUCGAGACAUGGCAAUGGGCAUGAGGAUAGAAGGUCAAGGGAUUUACGAGAGGGGAUUGCCUGUGAUCCCGGGGAUGAUGGGGAUGAUGAGCGGUCCAGGACGGCUUUGA